AUGACGUCCAAGAUCCCCGGGAUGCAGCAUCUGCAGUCGUUCACGCAGCGCAAGGAGAAGGAGUGCCGCAAGCCCGAAGAAGGCCUCAAGAACGACCUCAUCAUCCGCGCCGCACGCGGCCACCAGACCGAACGCGCACCAUGCUGGAUCAUGCGCCAGGCCGGAAGGUACCUGCCUGAAUUCCGCAAGAUCCGCGAGGACCACGACUUUUUCGAGUGCUGCCGCAACCCGGAGCUGGCGUCCGAGAUCACAGUGCAGCCCAUCCGACGGUACUCGGGACUGCUGGACGCCGCGAUCAUCUUUUCGGACAUCCUGGUCGUGCCGCAGGCCAUGGGCAUGGAGGUGGAGAUGCUGCCGGCCAAGGGCCCGCACUUCCCCGACCCUCUGGUGACGCCCAAGGACGUUGCGACGAAGCUUCGGAAGAAGGUGGACGUGGAGAAGGAGCUGGGCUACGUGUACGAGGCGAUCAAGCUCACACGCACCAAGCUGGACGGCGAGGUGCCGCUGAUCGGAUUCUGCGGAGCGCCGUGGACGCUCAUGGCGUACAUGGUGGAGGGCGGCGGCAGCAAGACGUUUGAAAAGGCCAAGACGUGGCUGUUCAAGUAUCCGGAGGAGUCCAAGGAGCUGCUGCAGCGCAUCGCCGAUGUAUGCACCGACUUUUUGGUGGGGCAGGUCAAGGCGGGCGCGCAGCUGCUCCAGGUGUUUGACUCGUGGGCGGGCGAGCUGUCGCCGGCCGACUUCCGGCAGUUUUCGCUGCCGUACCUGCGCUCGAUCGCGGCGUCGGUGCGCGACAUCCUGUCGACCAAGUCGAUCCCCUGCCCGCCGCUCAUUGUGUUCGCCAAGGGUGCGCUGGGCCACUCGCUGCCCGAGGUGGUCAAGGCGGGGUACGACGUUGUGGGGCUGGACUGGACGGUGGAGCCGUGCGUGGCGCGCAAGGUGGUGGAGCUGGCGUCGCCGGGCAAGGCGGGCUUCAAGGAUGCCAGCGGACAGAACGAGGCGGGCCACCGUCUGGCGCUGCAGGGCAACAUGGAUCCUUCGGUGCUGUACGCCGGCAAGGAGGCGAUCGAGGCCAAGGUGGACCAGAUGCUGCGCUCCAAGAAGGGCGGCUUUGGCGGCGGAGGCGCGUACAUCGCCAACCUCGGCCACGGCAUCACGCCGGGCGUCGACCCGGAGGCGGUCAAGAUCUACCUCAAGGCGGUGCACCGCAUCAGCCGCGAAGUCAACAGCGCUCUCGACGAGGAGUGA